AUGAGUUGUACAUGUCGAGUCACGCCUCUAAAAAUAUUUGUACAAGGUCUAUCUCAAGUUCAUAAAGUCGACGCAUCACCUUCCGUUCUCCGUCUGCCGAUCCGAACUCGACCAGCGUUGUACCAGAAUAAUUUUGCCUUGGCGCGACAGGCCCGGUCUCUGCAUUUUUCGAAGGCUCUACAAGAUUCUUCCGGAGAAGCCGCUAGAGACGAUGACCUUCUCUCUCAUAUUCAGCCAGAAGAUGAAAACCCAGUCGUAAACAACGACGACCCUUUCGCCAUUGACGAAGAUCCGGAGUCGAUACCAUGGAAAGCACAACCAGGCACCAACAACGAGGCUCAAAAGCCUCGGAGGAAGAGAAGAGAAAAGCCAGAAGAUUUCACGACCUUAAAUUAUCGCCGAAACCAGAGCGUGAGACAGCAACUGGAAGAUGAUGACGAGGCAGACGAGCUCAAUAGCAGUCGCAACCGACGAAUGAAGGGCCCUUCCUCGUUACAACCACAACCAAAAGAGAAUUACUGGAAAGUCCAAAAAGCGGCUCUGAAGGAGAAAUUCCCAGAAGGCUGGCGUCCUCGAAAGCGCCUUUCUCCUGAUGCUCUGGCCGGUAUUCGGGCUCUCAAUGCCCAGUUUCCCGACGUCUACACCACCGAAGCCCUGUCGAACAAAUUUGAAGUAUCAGCCGAGGCUAUCCGUCGUAUUCUGAGGAGCAAGUGGCAGGCCAAUCCUGAGGAGGAAGAGAAGCGAAAUGCGCGAUGGUUCCGUCGUGGAAAGGAAGUCUGGGAGCAGAAGGCUGCGCUGGGUAUCAAGCCGCCGCAGAAGUGGCGACGUGAGGGUAUCACGCGAGAUCCUAGUUACCAUGACUGGAAGAAAGAGGCGGUCGAGCGAAACCGUGCGAGAGAGGAGCGGGAUGACUUGGAGAUUAGGGGUGAGAAUGCCCCCCGUCGACGUACUUAUACUCCACGAUCCGAGGGUUAUACGCCUCGUUCCGGUCCUCGAUCUGAGGGUUAUACUCCUCGGGCUCGCAUUCCUCGAACUGGCGAUUAUCCCUCCCAAUCGGUCCCUCGAGCUGGACGAGGACGAUCUUAA